AGAGCUUUAGGGUUGGUCUGCGGUAUGAUUUAAGUCAGGAAGUACUUAGUGAGCACAACUUGUAGCGGCGGGCGGUUAAAUAAUCAAAAUUCAAAAUUUAUUUUCAAAUUAUGAGUAAACAUGGCUGCCUUGACGCAGGUGAAUGUUGAUAGUUUCUGUUCAAAAUCCAACAGCAUUAAUGUUCGUCAGUCGAAGAUUCCUUCGAACAAGAGACGGCGCACUCCUUAUGCGACACCGUUACCUAAUUUAUUUGACAGAAAUAGCCCAAGCUCCACUCACAAAGCUUCGAAACGACGUCGUCAACGGCUGCAAGGGGAAGAAGCAGAAGUUUCGAAACACGAUACUGUUGCGUCGAAGGUUGUCAGUAAAACAUGGCGAGUUUAUCGUAUCUCACCUUUGUAUUCUUUUCAAGCAGAUUUAAAAACUUUAAAAUUGUACGAACGACAUCUCAAUGGCUUUCUCAGCUUCGACACUUGCUCGGCAAAAGAAAUGGAGUCUACUGCAAAAAGGAAAGUUAUUAUUUCGCGAUUGCAAGGUGAUAACGACGUAGACUUCGGCGUAGAAAUAAAAAUAUCAAACAGCCGCCACAAGAACGCUUUCACCAAAGAAGAACUCGUCGCUAUUUUUUUUUGUGCUGGAGGAAAGUUACACGACAUGGAAAACAUCGAUGUUUUGAAUGAAAAUUUCACAUCAUUGCCGAUAUGUUUGAUCAAAAGUAAUGUUUUGCUUAAGAAAACCUUUCUUUCCUGGCUUGAAGAACAAUUUGGCUGCCGGGCUUCUCCGUUACUUUUUUCUCCGACCGACCUUGCCUGGUUGGUUACCCUUUGUGCUGGCAUAGGCGAACCAACAAAGUCGGUGGAUCUUACAUACAGCGUGCCAGCAUUUAUAACCGAACUUAACACCAUUCUAGUUAAAAUGGACGGUAGUGACGCCAGGAAAAUUUGGAACCUUAUUCAUAAUCACAAACAGAAGUAUUUCACAAGUGAGGAAGCAACGAAAAUGCUUAAGGCAAUUGAAACACACUUUUAUCACCAUUUCAAGAUUCAUUUGAAUCAAAUGCAUUUUAACCACCGUGGCUUCAUCAGUCACCCCAUUCGUCUUGUGAGACGUGGCUAAAAGCCGGUAAAGUACGGGUACAAAACGUCGGCUGGUAGUCGUGGAAGAUACGUACGUUGUACUUUGGUCGAUUAACUUAUGUUAUUGUGUCAUUGGUAAUAUCGAUAAUAUUUUCUGAUUUGUGAUUUUCUUGCUGGUAAUUUUAAAAGAUGCCAAGGACAAAUAAAAGGUUUAAAGCAACUGUAGCUGUCACAUAUCAUGAUGAGGAUGGCCAUGUUGAGAGAGAGGAGGUGGAUUUGUCAGAAUUAGUUACUGAGGAUCAUAGAGGAAGCUGUUCUAUUAACAGUCCUGAUAAUUGUGGUGCAUUGGAAGGCCAUGAACUGGGAAUGGAACAAGAUAACAGUGAUCUUGAAAGUCAUGUUCACCAUGAUUGUGAAGAAUCAGCUUCUUAUUACCAGAAAGUUGAAAGAAAACAAAAAGCAUGGGAAAAUUUGCGACAUUCAGUUAUAAAGAAUACAUUUCAGUUUUCUGGCAAAAAUUGGAGCAAUCUGAAGUGUAUUCAUUGUGAUAAUGAAGCAAAGUUUAGGUGCAGCGAUUGUGGUCCAAUGGCAAAGUAUUGUGAGAACUGUAUGUUAAAGAUGCACACAACCG